AAGCAGUUGGGCAGGCAUUUUCUGAGCACUGCAGAAGUUCUUCUGGGCAGAGUUCAGCUCUGCUGCAGCUCCCUACUAGAAGGCGUUCUUCCUCGGGGCAUUGGGCUGCUGGACCCAGCCCACUGGGAAGGAGAAAUGGACCCUGGCCUCCUCUGACAGCCUCCCGCCCAUCUCCGGCCUCCUUCAAUCUGUGCAGCUUCUGGGGAGUCCUUGUGGUUGGACGCGUCCAUGACCUCAGAGAAGAGCACUUCCGGCCUCGUCGUACCUGGCCCCUGCUCCUCAGGGAUGGAGGCGAUGGCGGCCAGCACUUCCCUGCCUGACCCUGGCGACUUUGACCGCAACGUGCCCCGGAUCUGCGGGGUGUGUGGGGACCGAGCCACGGGCUUCCACUUCAACGCUAUGACCUGCGAGGGCUGCAAAGGCUUCUUCAGGCGGAGCAUGAAGCGGAAGGCGCUGUUCACCUGUCCCUUCAACGGAGACUGUCGCAUCACCAAAGACAACAGGCGCCACUGCCAGGCCUGCCGGCUCAAACGCUGCGUGGAGAUUGGCAUGAUGAAGGAGUUCAUCCUGACCGACGAAGAGGUGCAGCGCAAGCGCGAGAUGAUCCUGAAGCGCAAGGAGGAGGAGGCCCUGAGGGACAGCCUGCGGCCCAAGCUGUCCGAGGAGCAGCAGCACAUCAUCAGCACCCUGCUCGAGGCCCACCACAAGACCUACGACCCCACCUACGCCGACUUCAGCCACUUUCGGCCGCCAAUCCGACAAAAUGGAGAGAGCCUUUUUCUGCAGCACUCAUCCAGCUUCUCCAGGAACUCCUCCUCCUCUGGCUCGGAUCUCUACAACGCCUCUCUAGCCUCCCCGGACAUGAUGGAGCCUUCCAGCCUCUCCUGCCUGGACCUGAAUACAGAAGAAGACUUCGACGACUCUUCCGUGGCUCUGGACCUGUCCCAGCUCUCCAUGCUGCCUCACCUGGCUGACCUGGUCAGUUACAGCAUCCAGAAGGUCAUCGGCUUUGCCAAAAUGAUCCCAGGCUUCAGGGAUCUCACCUCCGAGGACCAGAUCGUGCUGCUGAAGUCCAGUGCCAUUGAGGUCAUUAUGCUGCGCUCCAACCAGUCCUUCACCAUGGAUGACAUGUCCUGGGACUGCGGCAACCAAGACUACAAGUACAGCGUCACUGAUGUGACCAACGCUGGACACACGCUGGAGCUGAUUGAGCCCCUCAUCAAGUUCCAGAUGGGGCUGAAGAAGCUGAACUUGCACGAGGAGGAGCACGUCCUGCUCAUGGCUAUCUGCAUUGUCUCCCCAGAUCGACCUGGAGUGCAGGAUGCCAAGCUGGUCGAGGCCAUCCAGGACCGCCUGUCCAACACGCUGCAGACCUACAUCCGCUGCCGCCACCCGCCCCCGGGCAGCCACCAGCUCUACGCCAAGAUGAUCCAGAAGCUGGCUGACCUGCGCAGCCUCAACGAGGAGCACUCCAAGCAGUACCGCAGCCUCUCCUUCCAGCCCGAGAGCAGCAUGAAGCUCACGCCCCUCGUGCUCGAGGUGUUUGGCAACGAGAUCUCCUAACUAGCGUGAUCUGCGGCGGCAUGGGGGGCUGCCCCUCCAGGGCACGGUGCCCAGGUCUGAGGCCAGUGGUGGCCCAGCAGCUCCUCCCACCCCUCCUGGAGCUCAGCUCCUCCUCUGCCGUCUCCCCUGUCCACCUGGCCUGAUACCAGGUUCCCCUUUCCUCCAGUCUCUUGAGAUGUCAGUCAUGAGGAGAGGAGUUUAUUUGACAAAGAAACUCAAGUGGGGGCAGAGGGCAGGGGCUGGAGGCAGGGCCUUGCCCAGGGAUGCCCCUGCACUCCUGGCAUGGCUGCUGCUGGUACCCAGGGAAGGCAGGUAGGAGAAGGGCACCAUUCCUCAGGGACAGAGAUGCCCGCGUUUCCCCCACACUGGGUCCACAUGUCCAGAGCCCAGAGGGCAUUGCCCGCCCCUCCCCACCCGGGACCCGAACCUGCCCACCCCUCCCGUCUCAGCCUGCGCCAGGCUGUGCUCUUCCAUCCUAGGCAAGUGGGCACCACGGCACCUCCUCCCCCUGCCUUCCACUUCUGGUGUGCUGGGGACACUCCAGGGAUGACCACACUCAAGAGAGCUAAGGUCAGGGCUCCCGCACCCACCCUGCUGGCCAAAGGGCGCUGGGCUUGCGUCACCGUCCCCGCCUUCACCCCUUGGUUGCGGUAGCGCUCUCACGGGUGGGCAGCAACUGGUAUGGCGGGCGCCCUCCACCCUGCUGGGGCCCCUGGCUGGGAACCAUUCCGCUGGGAAGCCCCAGGAGGGUGAAUCGCAGGCCUGGGCAGUGCAGAGCAGGCAAAGCAGCCUCCCCAGAGCUGUGGAUGGCGGCCGGGCUGUACCUGCCACAAAGCCCAGGGCCUGGGCCUAGGAAGCUGGUCGAGGGGGAGUUGCCCCUCCAGCUGUCCGUGUGGCAGUCCACGUGAAUUACCUCCAGGCUGCAGAGGCCCUGACCCUCUCACUCCUCACCCCACCGCCCACCGAGGACAGCAGGCCUUCCUGCUUUCCCGCGAGGGGACCUCGUCCUCCCCUCACCAACGGCGCCCCAGAAGCCGGCCCAGUCUGGAGCACAGGCCCCUCCUCUGGUUCACCUAUGGGAGCCACGUCACUGCCGGGCAGGAUGGCGUGGAGCAGCAGGGCCCUCAGCUGCCCAGCUGUAACCGUAACACUGCUCUGCAGAGGUAGAAGCAGGCACUAGCACUCAGGUGUGUGUAGGAGGGCCGGCCAGCGCGGGGUGGCGUGUGUGGGGCUGCUUCCCACCAUGUUCUCACACUCUUGCCAGAUGUGAAGCAGAGCCUCGAGGCGGGGCGGGGGCGGGGCAGGGGCGUCACUUCAGACGAUUUCUUCUCCCAGCCGCUCAGCCCGGGAGAUGGGAGCCUUCAGGCCGCUCCUCUCGCGGCGAGUUCCUUGCCUGUAGAUGUGUGGCGCCUGCACAAAGGGGCUUCAUCCAGGGAGGGACCUUGAGAUGACCUCACCGAACCCCCAGAAGAUGCCCCUCCACUGACACCUGCUUUUCCCUGAAAAUCCCAAAAGGAAUCAGACUCAACCCUGCAAAAGCUGUCAGUGUGCACCUAGCCCUGCCUGCAUUUCUCAGGAUUCCUCAGGGGGAAAAAUACAGGAGAGCCACAUUCUGUUGUAGACUAGCGCACAUACGACUUCGUAGCAAAUGAUUUAGAUACGAGCUGCUUCAGAAUCAGAUCCCAUUCGUACCCUCCUCGGAUCUCAAGGGUCGCAGGCACCGCGGACUCAGAGCUGCGUACUGCGGGUGAACUUACAUUGUGAGAAUGCUAUACGUUGUGAUUAUUGCUGUGAUUGUCGUACCAGGGAAGCACCUUUGAUUUUAGCUGCACAGCACCAUGAUCUAGUCACUAUUCAGAGGAAGGGAGAGCUUGAAAAUUGCAGAGCUAGUGCAAGCCCUUGUGCAAGGACACUGACACUUCAGGAGAGCAUGACUUAACCAAGCCCAUCUAAGUAGUUAGAGGUCGAGGCGGGACUGGCAGUCAGGGUCCAGUGCCCUGUUCACCCCAAUUCCCACUCCCUGGCAGCUGACCAGUCCCCUGGGGAAGGCCUGGAUUUUAGACAGAGCAAGUCUAGAUCUGGGACUCCUUCCUGCCUUCCCUGGGCUGCCCCUCCCUGGAGUCGUCAGGAGGGACACUUGACCUCUGCCUCAGUGUGCAUCUGAUACCUGCUCCUCCACAUGGCCUGGCCCUUGGGCUCCCCGCCUCAGCCCCGUAUGAUACGGUUGCAUGAUUAAUGAAGUGCUUCGGUCUUUGCAAUGCGUCCACCCUCUCAGAUCACCCCCUGGCCCUGCGCCCCCCUCGGGGAACUCCACCAGACCCCUGAGAAUAGCAGGUACUCAGCCCAGGGGUCCAUAACCAAAGGGCUGCUUCCAAAGAGAAAGUCUGGGAGCUGGGAAAAAAGAACAAGGGACAAGGACAUUCCAGGGGUCUGAAUUGGGAGAAAAUGGUAUCAUCUGGUCUGUUUUAGAAUGAGUGUGAAGGUAGACAUUUAUAAAGCUAAAACUUUAAAAAUAUAUUACUGAAAACGAAGGCACAAGUACACCAAGAUGGAAAACAAACAAGAGUCCCAAAGAUAGGGUCGUCUACCUGCUGGAGAACUGGAGGCGGGCAGGGGAAGCAAGCGAGGCCAGCAGACAAGGCUGGGGUGUGCAGCAGACGUGGUGGACGCUAGACAGCAGGCUGCAGCGGAAGGCUGUGAGGGGCGCCUCCUGAGGGAUUCCAAAGAGAAAAAGUGUUUGCCAGGAGUUUGUCAAAUAAACCAAUGAAAAAAUCGUUGCUUAUGGUAAUAAAAGUGGCUCAUACUCACAUAGCACUUACUUUGUGAAAAUAUUGCUGUAAAUAAAUGCUUUAUGAAAACCA